UCAUUACAGUGAGUUCAUACAUCACUGGAACAUCAAGAUAUAGAACAUUGCUGGAUUGAUCGCAGUUUGAAAGCUACUGUUGGUUUGUGAAGUUGUUUCAACAAAUCUUUCAAUAUGAAUAAGACUUUGAUUGUUCUUGUGGCUGUGUGCCUUGUUAGUGCACAUGCAUUCGUGAAACGCGAUGCGCCGGCGGCGGCCCCCGCAGACGCCAACUACUUGGAAAACAUUCAGAAGAAAUUUCAAGACUUUACAAAGGACUUCAACAGUCAAAUAACCAACACAUUCAACCCAGAAGCCAUGAAGAAACAACUGAAUAGUAUAGCCGAAUCUGUUAAUAAAGCUAUGAGCGAGAUGAAAGGACAACCUGCGGCUGCCUGAGCAAGAACACAAAAAAGAUUACUUUUACCAACUUUACUGUAGAAUGAAAUAAAUUAUUUAUACA